AUGACACCACAGGUCAAAAUUUGGGCCGACUUUGCCCAUGUAUCCGAGGAAUCUGACUCAGAAACCAAUGAAUUUCAAUACAAAAUGUUCGCUGUCAUCAACUCGGACGAUGUCAUCUACUACGGCGAACUACCUACCCGCAAAGCCGAGACCUCUACACCUGCUCGCCCAAAGCUUUUUGGAGGAGGCCCGUACCAUGGAAGUUCUUGCCGUACACCUACAUCCUUAUUUCGUCCAUACUACGGCUGCCGCUUCCGGGGAGGCUAUAUAACCGGAAUCGUGCUCGGCCGCCAUUCGCACGACCUGAAGAAUUAUCUCAGUGGCGGAGUGAGAAAUAUCGAUAAGAAAGCAUUCAUGAAUGUGCUUGAGUCUGCUAUCUAUCACUUACAUUCACUCGGUUUGGCACACAAUGACCUCAACCCAACGAAUGUGCUAGUCGACGACUCCGAGGCCAGUGGUGGAAUGCCAGUCCUGAUUGACUUUGGCUCGGCCGGGAAAAUCGGCAGCUUGUUGGGAACAUCCCGCGGCACAAGUGGUUGGAUUGAGGGUCGGAUUGAGGACUAUGGCAUUUCGAGGAAGGAACAUGAUACCUUUGCCCUAGAGAAAAUGCGACUCCGGUUGGACAACCCGACUUUCGACGAUGAUUAA